UCUCCCAAGAGGUUUACUUGCUGGUUGUGUGUCUGCAGCUGCCUGUCCCUGCACAGAUGCCUGCUCCACACCCCUGACUGCCUGCAGGUUAUUGGUUGCUGCUUGGCCUAAACUCUUAUAAAGUAACCCAACACUGCCCUUGCAGAGCACACACAGCAAAUGCCCCUUGCUGAGAGGCAGCAGAGGCUCCUCAGCAAGCUGCUGCCUGUCUGGCUCCAUUGGGAUGAUCCAGGAGAUGCAGGGAGAAUUCCUCCUCUUCCUUCUGCUCGCAGCUGGACUCUUGGAUUGCUGUGGUGCCUCCAAGCAUGGCCAUGAUGGCAGUGAAGUGCUAGAGCUGAGCUUUGCAGGAGGAGCCCAGCCAAGAGCUGAGAGCAGCCCAGAGCCCAGCCAGCUGCUUUCCAUUGCAGACGACUCAGAUGCGAUGAGCUUUAACCCUCAGAGCCCAGCAGCUGAUCCCACCAAGGAGACAGGAGCUGAUCUCGGCCACACAGCCCCAGCCCUGCAGCCCCAGCAGCUGGACACAGGCUUGGCAAUGCCUCAGCACCUGCACACAGAAGCAGCAGCAGCUUUAAAGCUCCAGGAUGGGCACAGGUUUCCUGGCAAGCUGCUGGGUACCACCAGCGUCGCUGUCUCCGCUCGGGCAUCGCUGCCUGCCACGCGUCUGGAGCUGCCAGCUGGGGCACUGCGUGGGCAGCCAGACAAUGCCACCCAGGCUGCUUUCAGCCUCAGCAACCCUAGCACUGGGCUGCCACAGCCCAGCCCCGGGGCAAGGACACACCAAGGCUCUGCCCAACUCGAAGCUGUCCCCUCUGCCCCUGCUGCCAAGCAGAUGGAGGUGACAAAUCCUCUGACCCCAGUGGUCAGUUUCCACCCGCCAAGAGCAGAAGCAGCAGCACCUUCGCUCCCCCCUGCAGCUCAGACUGCUCUCCAGAGUGCAGGGCUGGGCUGGUUGCCACCAGCAGCACCUGGCACAAGGUCACCAGCCACUAAGCCACCAGCCCAGGCUGCCAGCAGAGCUGCUGUGACCCCUGCAUGCCCCAAGGAGACUCAGAGUGUGGAUGCUCAGGUUGCAGCUUCUGCAUUCCUCCAAAGCCCAGCUUCAGGGGACCUGGAUGCAGCCUACCACAGGGUGACACAGCCAAGUGCUGUCCAGGUGUCCCCUGGUUCCUCUCUGAAGCAAGGGACAGCAGGCAGAGAGGCCAGAAGCUCAGCAGCAGCUGUCACAAAGGCUCCUGCACACCCAAGCCAGCUCCCUGCUGCCCAGACCCCCCUGCAAGGCAGUGUCCAUGCUGCAGCAGUGCUGCAGCUGGGAGCUCAGGCUGAGGGUGAGCUGCUCCCAUCUCCAGUUCCAGGAUCCAUCAGCACAAUUGAGAGCCAACAGCCCCUCUCUGGCUCCCAGCCUGCCAACUGUGCCCAGCAACAGGUGGCCCCAGAACCCAGCAGCAGCUCUGAGGAGGCUGUAGCUCCAGGCCUACAGAGUGAUGCUGCUCAGCAGCUGAUGGCAAGCAAAGCUGACAACUCCAGAGCCCACGAGAGCCCACAGGGCUCUGCCCACUCAUCCUCACCCAUUGCCACAGCAAAACCUUCCCAGGCUACCGAAGAGCCAAGAGCUGCAACACCUGCAGCUGCCUCUGAGAGCGCAGCCCUGCAGCCUGGCAGCUCUCCAGGGGCUCCUGGUGCAGGGCUGCAGCCACCAGCUGCUGCCAGACUGCCUCUGCUGGGCACCCUCACCCCUGCCGAGACAGGCGCCCGGGUGCCAACCUCCCCCACGCCUGCUGCUCCUGGCUCUCACGUUCGAGCUGUUUCUGCCCCCCCUGUAUCCCAGGAGGCCUUCCCUGGGCUGCUGCAGGUGAGCACAGUGGCAGGCUCCAGGAGCAGCUCCACGCAGCAGCUGGCCAAAGCUGCUCCUCCCCCGGGGGCUGCAGAUGCCAGCCCAGCCCCCAGCCCCUCUGCGCUGCACCGCAGCAGCACCCAGAAGCUUCCCCUGCCAAGCUCUGCCUCUUCAGCCCUGCAGGAGCAGCAAGCUGGCAGCCUGGCACAGCUGCCCUCCCUCCAGUCCAGCUCAGCAGCAGCACCUCCUGGGCCGGUGGUGCCCAAGGCUCCCGAGGAGAUGCCAGCACUCCUGGCACAAGCUGCGGCGCAGCAGUUGGGCAUGGCACAGGAUGCAGCUACCACAGCCCUCAGUGCUCUGGGAGGGGAGCAGCUCACAGUGCUGCCAUCCCCCCCACGCUUGUCCUUCCUGCUCAGGAGUGCCAAUGGCAUGAUCUGCCUGCAGCCCACGCAGGGCUCCCCUCUGCCCACGCAGCUCCCCACUGCCAGUCUCGGGGGUCUGGUUUCAGUUCAGCAGAUCCUGGCAGCAUCAAAUUCUUCAGCCCUGGACCUUGGCAGCUUGCACAAUCUGAGUCACUCCAGCCUGAUCCUGGUCAAGCCUGUCUUUGUCCUGUUGCCCACUGACAGAGCAGACCCACAGGUGGUGCCCUCUCCCGAGGGGCAAGGUGCCCACCAGACUGCCCUCCUGGUCACAAGCAGGAAAGAUCUGAGUGUGGCUACCCCUGAAAGCAGCCACAGCCCAGUGACAACUACUUCCUCUUAUCCCACCAGCAGGUCUCUGAGGCCUGAAACCCUCUCCUCUGGGUCCAAGCAAGGAGCAGAGCAAAGCAAAGGGACCUCUCUGCCAGCGCUGCCCAGCCCCAGCCCCACGGCUGUGUUCCCAGCAGAGGCUUUGCUGCAGCCCUGGCUGGGGCUCAGCACUGCAAUGCAGGCCAUGCCCCUGCACAGGCUGCCUGCAGACAUGCAGCUGCCUGCUCCCAGCUCCCCACACCCCAUAGGCACUGCUUUGGCUUUACAGAGCAGGCUGUUGGCAGAGCCUUCCCCCCACCCUGUGCUGCCAGCAGCAGUGUCUGCGCAGAACAGCUCCCAGAGUGCCCCCAGAGUCCUUCCCAGCACUAAAAGGCCACAGAUGACUCCUGCAGUUCCAUCAGCAAAGGGACUUGGUGGUCUCCAGACUCCAUCUCAACCUCCAUCCACUGCUGCAGUUCCAUCAGCAAAGGCACUCCUUGGCCUCCAGACUCCAUCUCAACCUCCAUCCACUCCUGCAGUUCCAUCAGCAAAGGCACUCCUUGGCCUCCAGACUCCAUCUCAGCUUCCAUCCACUCCUGCAGUUCUAUCAGCAAAGGAGUGCAGAUGA